AUGCUUUUUUUAAUCCCAUUUCAUGCGGACUGCGUAGCUUGCCACGAGUGCACUCGAAAGAUUAUACCUGGAGAGCCCGCAAUCCAGACAGCGGAAACUUCGGAGCACUUUUUGUUUUUGUGUCCCGACUGCGACUGCGAGCUGACCUGCAGCGGCUGCAGGGAAGUAAUUAGUAGAACUUACCACAAUUAUACAAAAACCGAUAAUCUUUAUUAUCACAACCGCUGUCUCUCCUGUUCUUCCUGUGGUGUUUUAUGCACGAACAUUUCUACCCAAGAGUGGCCUUUCCAUUGCAUUGAAUGCAAAAAGACGCUCGAAACUGUCAACACCACCUUUCAGCCUGACUGUCCUUCGCUUUGCACUGAUUCGCCAGUUUCAAUCGAACCUCUUUUGGGGGGUCAUUCAGCAUACAAAAGUGCGCUUAGUGAGCUUGUACAUGUCUCGACUGAAAAGUGCAAAAGUUGCCUACUCCCGACUUCCGGGACAAAGUACGUCCGGCAAGAGGAUGGAAACACGUGGCAUGAGGAAUGCUUUCACUGCGCUAAGUGUGCUUGCUUUGUUUCGGGAAAAUUCAUCACUGCUGGAAGAUUUGUUUAUUGCUUUCACUGUUAUUCGACUUUGUUUUUGCCAAAGUGCUCCCUUUGCUCCGACGAAAUAAAAGCGGAAAGGUAUGUUACCGUUAAAGGAAAGGAAUACCACGCGCGCUGUCUCUCAUGCGCUGUUUGCAAAUCUCAUUUCUUUUUCCAUCAAAACUUUCAUCUCGUUGACGGAAGAAAUUAUUGUAAGCAAUGCUCCCCAAAUAGUUAA